ACUCAGGUAAACUUUCAUUUUUGUUUCUGGUAUGAAGAACCCUGAGCUGUGAUAUCCAUCAUUUGGAUCAAAUAUGGAGAUAAAAACCCUCUGUCUUCUCAUGAUACUGAGUCUGGGAGUCCAGUUACCAAAAGCAGAAGUUUUGCUGCGGCAAAAAAGGGACUGGAUCAUAGACACCUUAACAAUAGAUGAAGGUUACAAUGGAACGUUUCCACAUUAUUUGGGCAAAAUUGAUAUUGAUUCAAACAUAAGCGUUUUGGCAAUUACUGGUCCAGGUAUAAAUGAGGAACCACGAGAAUUACUUGAAAUAAAUCAAAAAUCAGGACGAGCUUUUCAACUGGGUCCUGUGGACUAUGAAAAAUAUCAGCUUCUGAAGCUGACAAUAAAGGGACGGAGUAAAAUGAACCAGCCAGUGAUAUAUGUGGGUGUCAACUUUGAAAUUAUUGAUGCAAAUGACAACCCGCCAAUUUUUGACCAAACAGCAUAUGAGACCACCAUAAAAGAGUCAACGUUACAAGGUACUACUUUGAUCAAUGUCACAGCAACAGAUGGAGACAGGACAGAGGAGUUUAAGAAAUUUAACUUUAGUAUAGACUCAGUCUCUCCCAAACCAGAUGACUUGGAAUUUUUUAUAGUCAAGUUGUCUAAUUCUGAUCAUGGAAAGAUUUCAUUUAAAGGAUGCCUGGACCGUAAGAAGGCAGAGAAAUACACCCUUAUUGUGAAGGCCACAGACUUCGGAAAACCAAAACCGCUCUCAAGCUCCACCACCGUAACAAUCAACAUAGAGCAUGGAAACCAACAUCGUCCAGUGAUUACAAACCAAACUGGCCAAGAAAAUGUAAAAGAAGGUCUGCAGGAUGUUCUUGUUUCCCGCCUGCAAGUCAAGGAUGAAGAUACCAUAGGUACAAAAGGCUGGAAAGCAAAAUAUAAAAUCCACGGAGACAAAAACAACAGCUUCAGAAUCAUUACUGAUCCCCAAACAAACGAAGGACUUCUCUAUGUGAAUAAGCCACUUGACUUUGAGGAUGAAUCCUUGAAGAACAUCUCAGUCAGUGUGGAGAAUGAGAUUCCCUAUUUCACUUGUAAAGUGACGGAUCGUAACACCGCUGGUCUUUGGAAACUGGAAACUGAUCCGCCUAGAAACAUGUAUAGUGGAGCAAGUAUGGGAAGUGCGACUGCUGGAGGAGGGACUUAUCCAAUAACAGUGGUCGUAGAGGAUGUGAACGAGCCUCCGAUCUUUGACCCUCUGAAACCGGUUUCUGUGCAUGAAAAUGUGAAAGAGGGCCAUUAUUUGGCAACAUGUACAGCAAGAGAUCCUGACGCCACCAGUACAGACAUUAGAUACAUAAAAGGCGAUGAUCCAGCUGAUUUUGCUGCAGUGGACUCAAAGACAGGAAACAUAACCACAUCAAGGAUUUUGGACAGAGAGUCACCUUUUGAUGAAGAUGGAGUUUAUGUCAUUACCAUACAUGCUGUUGACAGUGGGAAUCCUUCGAUGACAGGAACAGCAACUCUGAGCAUCUACAUCAUUGAUGAGAAUGACAAUGCUCCAUUUCUGAAUGAAAGCACCUUUUACAUGUGCCAAAGUGAUAAACCUUCAAGGGUCAAAGUCACUGCUGUGGACCUGGAUGAAUAUCCAUUCGGUGGGCCUUUUUGGUUUGAACUUGUUGGAGAUGCUAAUAACAUAUGGAGAGUCGAUCCUGGGCAAGGGUAUUCAGUCAACCUUGUAAAUGACAAGAAAGUUUAUUCUGGUCAUCACGAGUUGCAGCUCGAAGUGUCAGACUAUCAAGGAAAGAAAGCUCUCCAUAACGUGACAGUUACUGUGUGUGAAUGCGCUGAUCCAACAAGGCCAGACUGCAGACAGCUAAAAGCGACUGGAUCCAUAGUAGGAGCGAGAGCUCUGGGAAUAAUGUUCCUUGGAAUUAUAUUGCUCAUAGGUUUGUUACUUUUAACCUUUUUGAUAACGUGUAAACCUGAGAAGUUAAUACUCCCUGAUGAUGAUACUGUGCAACAUUUAAUGACAAGCAACACAGAAGAACCAGGAAAUGACUGUCAGGUGCCCUUUUUACCAUUAAACCAUUGUGUUGGACUACAAAGGAACGAAUGUGGAGUUGUAACACAGUCAAUGAUACCGGUUAGUGCUUUGAAAGUGUGCAGUGAGCUUCCUUCUGCCGUGGAGAUCAGACCUCCAACAAAUAAGCCACAAACAUCAAGUAAUACGGUUUGGAUGGAAGAUGCUCAUCAAACUAUACUCUUAACAGUAGUGAUGACAGCGCUGAACACACUUGAGGUGCCAGGCAAGGAACUUGGGGAUUAUGAACCCAUUAAGUAUGCUGAUGAGGGAGACAUGGAACACAACUUUGAACUUGACACCAUUUCAAACCCUGAGGCUCCCUUUGACUCAGACUUAGAGCUGGAUUCCACGUUCCUCCCUUUGGCUUUAAUCUGUUCACCCGACAUGUUUCCCAAAAGCAGAGAUGCUUAAGACGGCAACUCUAACCAGCAUGGUUGGACAUGGAGAGCUACAUUUCAUGUUGUCCAUAAUUUUGUCCAUUUUCUUUAUUUUUUUGAUACAAGUAAAUCUUGAAAACUGUCACAAGCAGGUUUGCUGUUCUUUUACAAAUAAAAGUCUGAAAUAUUUUCUGCAUAAA